AUAUACAAUGAGUGUGUAACAUUGCCGUAGGUCAUAGAUUACGCACGUUUAGAAAAGUGAAAAUUGCGGAAUCACCUUCUAUACUAACUUUUCGAAAUAUUUCUAUCAUUCAUUCCAAGCAGAAAAAUUAACGUAUGCCAUACGACUUAAUAAACAACCACGUGUCUGGAAUUUCUACUGAAAUUAAUCAUCGCAUGAACAUUUAAGUGCGAUAAUCAUUUCAAACAUUUCGAAGUAUAUUAAACAUUUUAUUGUUAGAUACAAAUCUAACGAAAUACAAACAAUUAUGAGCAGUUUACAUCUUGGAGCUGAUUCUCAGAAACCAGCAGAAGUGAAAGGACAAGUUCGUUUGUAUGGUAUGAAAUUUUGUCCUUUUACGCAUAGAAUUCGAUUAAUACUUUCAUAUAAAAACAUUCCACAUGAUACUGUUAAUAUCAAUAUCAGGAAUAAACCAAAAUGGUACUUAGAAAUUCAUCCAGAGGGUAAAGUUCCUGCACUUGUUGAUGCUGAUGGUAAAGUAAUCGUUGAUUCAUUGGUCAUAGCAAAUCAUUUAGAUGAAAAAUAUCCUAAACCUUCUUUAUAUGAUGAAAAAACAAAAACUCGUGACUUAGAACUAUUAGAUCACUAUUCCAAGCUUGUUAGUAUUUUCUCAAACUGCAUUCAUAAUAAUGAUAGCAGACCACUUAAAGAAAUUGUUGCUGAAUUUUCAUCUUUAUUAGUAGAGUUUGAAGAGGAACUUAAAACUCGUGGAACUGUGUAUUUUGGAGGAGCACAACCUGGUAUGUUAGAUAUACUUAUGUGGCCAUGGGUUGAACGACGAAAAUCUCUAUCUCUCAUUUAUGGAGAACCUACAAAUUUCAACGAUGGAAAUUUUUCUCAUUUAAUGAAAUGGAUGCAACAAAUGAAGGCACAGCCAUUUGUACAAGAAAACGAAUGUUCACAUGAAAAAUUUGCUCAGUUAGUCAAAGAUUUGAAAACUGGAAAUGUUGAUUUCGAUAAACUUUAAAUCGUUCAAUUAUUAUGCUAGCGUGAAAUUAUAUUACUUUUGCAAUUAUGCGAUGAUAAAUAUUUUAAUUUUUAUAUAUAACAUGCACAUGUAUGUAUAUGUUGACGCAUAAUAAUUUAGGUUCUGGAAAUAAUUAUACCCAAGUUUAUAAGAUAUCAUAGUAGUUAUUUCAUUAAAUUUAUCAUAAUUAAUAUCAAAAUAUAUAGAGUAGUGUUUGUUUAUAAAUAGGAGCAAUUACUACAUAAGUAUGGAACUUUGAGCUUCGUAACUCAUGCCUUCGACUAUGACAAUAUACAUUUAUGAACCUGUUUAAAGUAUCAAUACUGCUAGUCAGAUGUGCUGUGAAAAACAUGUGAUAAACAUCAUAAAUACACUGUUUUGAUGAAGCAACUUAAA